CACGAAACCUACGUGAAAUAUACCUCUCUCGAAUUUUAUCAGUUUUAUCAGUUUUGCUUCAUACAUUGAAAGAUUUUUUUUUUAAGGUUUAAGACUGUGUUACAGAAGAAAUAGCGCGUUGGGAGGCAAAGAACAACUUUCCUUGAUGCUGUGUUGAAUUUCGCAUACAAGUUAAAAGUAGUCUAAUGAAGCGAAUUACUGGUAACUUGGAACAGUUAGUGAACGAAACUUCUUACGAGCGACUCGUUCGUACUAUUGACAAGCUAGACGAAAAUCGAGAUGUAAUACCUGAAGCUCUCCUAUCAAAGUGGAAGGAAAGACCCAAUUUAGGUUUUACGCCGAAAGAACUGUGCUUUAAAUUUUACUUGGAUAUCCAACGAAGAGGCCCUCAGGCAUUCCAACUUUUGAUAAAUUGUUUGAAGGACAGCGGCCACCCAGACUUGGCAAGGGCUUUGGAUCCAACUUUGAGUAUUGUUGAGGAGCCCAUUGAGGUACCUCUUGAAUAUUAUUCUGAUGAGGGAGAUCAUUAUGUCUUCCUGAAUAAGGAAUGGAGAAGUGACGAAUGCAACAAAGAUAGAGAAGCUCUCCAGGAUCUUUUUCAGGGUCAGGGGUUUCUGACUUACGAGGAAGGAAAGGCAAAGUUAGAAGAUGUGAGUUCCCUAAUGGUUAUUGUAUUUUCCUUGUACCUUGAUGGUUCUCAGCAAAUGGAAAAUUAUUGGCUCCACUCAAAGUUUAAUGACUUUGACCUUCACAGAAAGCCAAAGAUUCUUAUUAGUUUUCUUUACUCAACAAAUAUGGGUAAAUAUGGAAGAGUUAAGGAAGAGACUGCUAAAAUGGUUGCAAGGAAUUAUGAAGAUGUUCUGCAUGUAAAAAUUUAUGUAGAUGCCAAGAAAAGAGUAAUUCUCUAUCUAGGCUCAUCACCAGUUGUCUCUGAGGAGGUGUCUCAUUUUAUUUCCGUCUUUGCAUCUGACCGUACUACACACUUAGAGGAAAAACUUCUCCAGUUGCAGCAACUUUAUAAUGACAAAGGUCUUCAUCCCAUCACUACGUUGGACUCCAGGUUCAGAAAACUGUACCGAAUUCAGAAGCAGAGCUGAAAGGUGUUUAUGGCAUUUUACAGACAAAAGCCAACUCUCCUAUACUGUGAUAUACUGAAUGUUUUUAACCCCUAGCUUUCUGAAAUGUUACUGUCAUGACUGUACUGUCAGGCUUUAUCCUCUCUUCUAUGGGAGUGGGAGGAGCAUAGUUUGCAUAAUUAGGAAGAAGAAUGUGAUUCAGGUCAGCUGUUUUCCUGCAAAGUAAUUAAUGUAAGGGACCAACAUAGGCUCAACUGUCUUUGACAAUUCCCAAUAUUAUUGAUACACUUUUUAUAUUUUUCAAGUUUUGUAACUGUUAUAAUUUUUAAUAAUUUUUAUAUUAUUAUCAUGUUGUAAACCUGAGUUUUAAUAAAUCCUUUUAAGUCUA